CGGCCCACAUCACUUAGUCCCUGAAGGGAAGGAGGCACAAUUACAAGAGGAGGAGCCAAAUCUAACUUCCAGCACAGUUGAGGUGCAACAGCGGUCCAGAAGAAGAGGAAGACAAUCUGACAGUUCCCAUCCGAGCCCCCUUAACCAAGCCACAAGCCAAACAUGGAGCGCAAAAUUCCGGACUUCUCCGGCACUUGGGAGAUGAAGAGCUCUGAGAACUUCGAGGAGCUUUUAAAAGUGCUGGGCGUAAACGUGAUGCUGCGCAAGAUUGCGGUGAAGGCGGCCUCCAAACCGCUGGUGGAGAUCACGCAGGACGGAGAGACGCUGUCUAUUAAGACCUCCACCACCGUCCGGACCACCCACAUAACUUUCACCGUGGGACAGGAAUUCAACGAAUCCACAGUGGACGGACGUCCCUGCACGAGUUUUCCACGUUGGGAGACGGACAGCAAGAUCAGCUGCGAGCAGACCCUGCAGAAAGGGGAGGGGCCGAAAACCUCCUGGACCCGGGAGAUAACCAAUGAUGGCAAGCUGAUCCUGACCAUGGGAGCAGACGACGUGGUCUGCACAAGAGUCUACGAGCGGCAAUGAACAAGAGCACUUCUCACUUUGGGUCUUUCCAGUUGAUGUACGAGACGACACCGGGAGAUAUCAACCUGUAGUCUGGUUUUAUUCCAACGGUCCUUUCAGCCGCACCGUGUCAUUCUUAGUGUCAGAAGUGCUCUUUCUUUUCUUAGCCGUGCAGUCUUUCAACUUUUUUCUGGAUCCAAUGUAAAGGAAAAGCCCACUUUUUGGGGAUUUUUGCCCAUCAUCCACCAUCCUUACGUGAGGCAUGAACACGUGUACAUCGCUUUUCUGUGCGUUCUAAAGAUAUGAAAACAGCUAAAAAGACAGCUAAGAAUGCACGUUUCUUUAGAAGGGAAACGAUGUGUGUUCAUGUCCCACAUAAGGAUUGCGGAUGAUGAGCAACACUUUUCCUUUAGAUAUGUACCCGGCCUUGUAUGACGUGAUGGGCUGCAUGUGUACGUGUGCUUUGGGAGAGGUGAGCUGUUUGGCCUAAGUCCGACUUUUUUCAUUUGAUAUUUAUUACUACACUACGUCCUGGCAAUGUUUGGAAUUGGUGUCUUGCUCAUAUGACGGGAUUAUACGAAGCAGCCUUUUCUAUGGAAAAACAAUAA